AUGCCUUUCGGAGUCAACCCUUUCCGGAAGAAUGACCACGACUUCCCUGGAGUCGUGGUCCCCUUGUCCGAAGCCCCUCCGCAUCACAAGCCGAACCCUGAACUAGAAAAAACCGACCGCCCUGAUGAGAAGACUGACAAUAGGAGCUUGGAUAGGGCUCCUUCCUCGGAAGCCGGCGUAGGGUCUGUCCACAACUACAACACCCUGACCAUCGAGGCCCUUCGCGCUGAAGUUGAGGCGGAUAUUGCGACAUCAGGCAAAGACACUGCGUAUGACCGCAAGGCAAAACUCAUCAAUAGAGCCAUCCAGGAUAUUGGCAUGGGCCGUUAUCAGUGGCAACUUUUUGCGCUCUGUGGUUUUGGUUGGCUAGCAGACAAUCUCUGGUUGCAGGGUGUUGCAUUGACACUAACCCCGAUUGCCUCGGAGUUCGGGGUUUCUACUACAUGGGUCCGAUUCACAACAUGCUCCUUGUUCUUGGGUCUUUGCAUUGGUGCAUCGUUCUGGGGUAUCGCAUCCGAUAUCAUCGGCCGUCGCCCGGCUUUUAACAUGACGCUAUUCAUUUGCGGUGUUUUUGGCAUCGCCGCCGGUGGUGCCCCAACCUGGAUCGGAGCCUGUGCCCUAUAUGCUUGCUUGGGUCUUGGUGUAGGCGGUAACCUGCCUGUCGAUGGGGCUUUGUUUUUGGAAUUUCUCCCUUUUGCCUCGGGAAACCUUCUGACAAUGCUGAGUGUCUGGUGGCCUCUCGGCCAAUUAGUCUCCAGUCUACUCGCAUGGGCGUUCAUUCCAGACUACAGCUGCAGCAGCGAUCUGCCUGCUUGUGGUAACGUUGCUAGCGGAGAAGCGUGCUGCACUAAGCAAAGCAACAUGGGGUGGCGCUACUUGUGCUUCACGCUGGGUGCCCUUACUUUCGCCAUGUUCAUUUGCCGCUUCUUCCUCUUCCAUCUAUACGAGUCGCCCAAGUAUUUGCUUGCACGUGGCCGUCAGAGCGAUGCUGUUGCUUCCGUUCACGGCAUUGCCCACAAGAACCGAACCAAGACGUGGCUGACUGAGGAAAUCCUCAACGAAAUUGGUGGUUAUCCUGAGGAGGUGGCAGAGGAAAAGCUCAGCUUUGCUGAAAUCGUGCGGAGGAAUCUGUCCAAAUUUUCCUUGGAGCGCAUUGGACCCCUCUUUUCCUCCAAAAAGCUUGGUUUCUCCACCGUUCUCCUCUGGUUCUGCUGGGCCACGAUUGGAAUGGGAUAUCCCUUGUUCAAUGCCUUCCUCCCCCAGUACCUCGAGCGUGCAGGUGGCUCCAGCUCCAGCUCUACUUACAUUGCCUACCGAAACUAUGCCAUCACUUCGAUUGUCGGUGUCCCUGGGUCGAUCCUGGCCUGCUACACUGUUGAGAUCAAGUAUGUUGGCCGUAAGGGUACGAUGGUUAUCUCCACCUUGAUUACCGGAGUGCUGCUCUUCUGCUUCACGGCCUCGACCGACUCCAACAUCCAACUGCUUUGCUCCUGCCUCGAGGCUUUCUUCCAGAACAUCAUGUACGGCGUCUUGUACGCCUACACUCCCGAGGUCUUCCCAGCUCCGAACCGUGGCACGGCCACUGGCAUUUCCAGCUGCCUAAACCGCAUUGCGGGACUGUGCGCGCCUCUCGUGGCCAUCUACGGCGCAAGUUCCAACCCAGAUGCUCCUAUCUACGCAUCUGGUGGACUUAUCCUGGCCGCAUUCGUGGCCAUGUGUCUUCUCCCUAUUGAAACCCGGGGAAAGCAGACGCUGUAA